UUCUUUUUAGUCUUAAACCCUUUGCACUCCGAAUCAUUCUGGACGUUGGCUAUCAGCUAAUCAGUGCGCUACUUUGUGGCAGAAACGUGCAUUUACAGACCCUCGUAUUAUUUAGUAUGGUUUUGAAACUAACUAACUUAUUAUAAUGAUAUUGGACUUAUAUGAAUUGGUUGAAAUCGAGAAAUGUAUAUUUGUAAAAAAAUCAAUAUUUUAUUUUUUAUAAUUUAGUACAGUGUGAUAAACUUUAAAACACUCCCCAAAAUGCAUUGCAGGCUGAUUAGUGCACGUUUGACAAUAAUAAGUUGUUUGACGCCUGCCACCAGGUGUUUUCCUGUCAGAACAAACAAUGCAAUCCCGUUUUCUUUGUCCCACAUCAGGAAUAUGUAGUUUAUUCUCUAAUCUAUUGUCCGCAGAAGAUGUGGAUGGACGCGUUCUAGAUUCACGAAAAUCACCCCUCAAUUGGUCAAUGAGUACCUUGACAAACUUGUGGUGCGUCAUUGGCGUUUCGUUAUUUGUUUGUUUUGAGAUUCGAUAAAUAAUGUAUGAAUUAAUGACACACAUUUCCAACCCCCAAAAAAAUAACUUCCUCCACCAUUUCAGUGACUUACAGAGAAAACAAUAUGUCGAAGCGUAUUGAUCCGCACGAUCCACACCACCCAUAUUUGCCAUGUAUUCUAACACCAUUUCAGGCUUAUUGACUGUUACAAUAUGUCCACCGCGUAAUGUUCUGUGGGUAGAUUGCAGUUGUGUGUUGUAAUAAUUAGUGAGUAUUGUGAUAAUUCUUUUGUCUUUCCACGCAAGAAGCGUAGUGCUAUUCUUCCUGUAUGCAACUGUUGUUUUUCUUGAAAAUUUUGGUUUUUUUAUUUGUGUCGGUACGCCUUUUCGAUUAACUUGUAUAGUGCCAGUAAGAUGACAAUUCAUCUUUAACAAUUCUUCUGCUAAUAGAAUGCUGGUAUAAUAUCUGUCAGUGUACAUGUGGUAUCCUUUUGCAUCAGGAAUUCUAUUUAACAACUUAUUAUAUAAAUGUAGUGGAAUCCUGGUCGUUACUGGAAGAUCAGACCGGGAAAUGUUAUCGGAAGUUAUGCUGCCGUAAUACGGAAGUAUUGUAAAUAAAUAUCCAGUUUUUGAAUCCGUUAGCGCAUAUAUGCGUAUACCCCAUUUCGUUGGCUUGUUCGGAUUAUAGGUAAUAAAUGCUAUUCUACCUUUGCAUUUUACAAUAGAUUCAUCCACCACGACUGCUUUAUACGGUAUGAAGUAUUGUCUAAACUUGUCAUCUAUAUAUUCUAAAUAAUUGCUAACCUUUUGGAUACGAGUUCUUAUCGUCGCAUUUCUUUGCGUGGGUUUCUUCAAAUGUAGCAUCCAAAAUAUUUGCAUAAAUCUGGCCCUAGUGAAUGUUUCUGGAAAGAAAGGAAUUCUACUAUUGGAAGCGGUAGACCAGUAUUCUUGAAUAUUUGGCAGUUGAAUCAAUCCCAUAUUUAGGAUAACUGCGAUGAAUGCUAAAAAUUCUUCUUUAGUAAUAUCGUGCCAGUUGUGCCAUGUAGAUUUUCGUGAAAGUUGUUUCUUUCUAAUUUCUUCAUUGGCAUAAUUGUUCGUUUCUUUUAUUAUACUGUCUGCUAAUUCUUCAGUAAAAUAUAAUGUAAAAUAUUCUAUGGGUUCUUUUACGUUAUUUGGUAGUUGUGGUCCAGCUAUUUCGUCAUGUAAGUCAAAAUUUAUCGUGACUGGAGGAACGCCUGAUUCAGUGACAUCUUCCCACUCUUCACUUGACGAUACGUUGUCAUGUUGCGGUGUGUUUUCUUUCGUAUCACUUUCAUUGCUGUCGCUAUCUAUGCAGUCUUUUCGUCGCCUUGUUGCUUGGACGAUAUCACUAUCACUGCUAUCGUUUUCUUCUACAAUUAGUCUUUCUAACAUAUCUGUAUAAACGUCUAUUUGGAGCUCAUCUUCACUACUACUCGUGUCAUGAGACUCAUUCGUGUUUGAACGUUUUGCCAUUGUUCUAAUAAAAAAUAUGAAUAAAUAUAUGGAUUGAAAAUUUUUAAUUGUUAUUACUAACUCACAAGAUGAUGUUUACCAAAAAAACUUUUACCAAACAAUUUAUUUACCAAGAGAAAAAUCACUUUUCCGAUUUUCUCACUCGUUAUUAGAUCUAAUUAUACCGGGCGGCGCUUCAAACCAAACUGAGUUCAGUUUUAGAAAUCUUUUCCUCCAGAUUUAGACUUGCUUAUUUAUGAUUAUAAAUCUCACUAUACAGUCCGUGCUAUGUUCACAUACCGACCUUUCUUCUACAAACUUGCCUUAUCGCUCUUUUCAAGUGGCGCCUUUGAAGUGCUCGGAUCGUCGUGAGCACGCCUCUCGCGUUCUCACUUGACACAAAACGCGCUGACAUUUUUUGUAUAUAUCCUUAGUAAUUUUACUAUAUUUUGAUUUGAUUUCUUGUGCCAUUUCAAGAGAAAACUUCAGGGAAACGUGCAUGUCUCAAAAAGUUGCGCUGAAAUAACUCAAUUACCCGUAAUCACUAAUCAACUUUAAUGUCCCAUGAGAAGGGACAGCGGAGUGCAAAGGGUUAAUCAUCGUGGAAUUAAUUAAGACAAAAUAGAUUUAAAUUAAAUUAAAAUAAUAUACUGACAUACUUAGUUUGGAUGCAUAAAAACAUUGUCCUCUUAUUACCUACGUAUCCAAUCUUAAAACUAUUAUUUCACUAUGCAAUAAUUCACAAAAUCGCAAAAACGCGAACUUUGAAAAAAAUGUUCAAAAGAAAAUGUAUCUAGCGAGUAAAAUUUGUCAAUAAGAAAUUAAUAAAACUCUCGUUGAAACAUUAAUCAAUAUCUAAAAUGUUUUAUAUCAAACCGCCGAGUGGACAGAUAUGUCUGCAUGUUAUGGAAAAAUGUGUAUAUACUAGAUUAGAAUAUUUAGAAUAUUUAUAUAACAACAAAACUAGUGAAUUUGAUGGAAAUUUUCAAUAUUUAUUAGAAGGUUCUGCAUAUGAUAAAGUUGGUCAUUUUAUAUUAAGAUUAAUAGCUUCAACAUCAACUGAUUUAUGGAUGUAUUGGGUUCAAAGAGAAACAUUAUUAUUGAAACAUCGACUAGAUAAUAUUAUACCUAGACAAUUAAAUAGUCUUCUUCAAAGUAUUAUACGGCAAUUGGAUAUGGUCAAUCACAAAGAAAAUGGGAUAAAUUUAAAUAUACGAAGAAUAUGUGUAUUCUAUUUACAAUCUAUAGUUUUUAAACAUAUUAUGUCAAAAAAUCAUACUGAUGAUUGUUGCAUUUUUCAAUACAAAGUAAGAUUUGAGUUAAUACCAGAAUUAAUCAAACGAAGAGAGGUUGAUUUAACUGCUGGAUAUGCUAUAGUAUAUUGUUCGCAAUGGAAAAAAUUAUUGAUAGCAUUAUUUAAUACUUAUUUAAUACAAGAUUUAAAACAUAUUAAAUCGCAUACAUGGCAUGUGAACAAUGAUGUUAGACUUAAUUCUCUCAAGCAACAAGUUCUGUUUUAUAUAUCACGAAAUAGACCUACCGUUGGAAGAAUAAAUAAUAAGAACAUAAAUUUUGAAGUACAGAAAUUUCCCUUGUGUAUGCAACAUCUUCAUACAGUAUUGAGGAAAAGUCAUCGUCUUAGUCAUUAUGCUCGUUUAUAUUACAGUCUAUUUUUAAAGGAAAGUGGAAUGAAAAUAGAUGAUGCUAUUCAAUAUUGGAAAGAGGAAUAUUCUAAACCACAUACCUGUACUUCUGUUUGUAUGCAUAAAUGGCAAACAGAUGCGAAAAAAUUUAUAUACAGUAUUAGACAUCUUUAUGGUUUAGAAGGAUCUCAUAGAAAUUAUAAAUCUCCCAGUUGUACUGUUAUGUGUACACAAAUUCCAGGACCUACAUAUGAAGGAGGUUGCCCAUUUAAAAAUUUUGAUUCAGAUAGGCUUACUAAUCUUUUGAGUACUUCAUUAACAAAAGAUGAAAUAGAUAAAUUUCUUAAAAUUAUGCCUUUGCAAAAGCCAGAAAUAAUAUGUACAACUUAUUUCAAAAUGAUACAUAAAAAUAGCGAUGAUGAUGUCAUUGUUAGUAGUCCAUUACAAUACUAUACAAUGGCAAAUAAUUUGUAUUAAUUACAUUUUAUAAAACAUACAGUAAAAGAAUAUUUAUAUUAUUAUAUUUUCUUGAACUGAUGCAAUUAACAUAUUUAUAUCAUAUACUUUAUGCUAUAAGAAUAAAGUUAUAUAUAACAUAUAAAUUGCUGCUUAAAAAGUGUAUAUAUAGUAUUAUUUACAAUAUUAUGUUUUAAAUUAUACAAUAAUUAUAAUUUGGAAAACUUUUUCAAUCCAUGAUCUAUAACUUCAUGCGUCAUACCAUUUUUAACUAAUAUAGACAACACUCCUAUUUUAUUUAAAUCAGAUAUGUUUCGUUGUUCAUCAUCAAAAAACAUCAUAUCUUUAUACUCGACAUUAGACAAUUUUUUAAUCCUAACAAAAUUAUUUACAUAAUUACUAAUAUCUUUUAUAUUUUAGUUUCAAAUAUAUUCAUAACAUAUGCAUUAUAACAUUUCAAAGAACUUACUGUGAAAAAUGAGUUGUUUUGGAACCGGGAUAUAUCUCCUUAUAUUUAAAAUAUUUUUCCCAAUCUAGUAAGUUCAAUAAUUGUUUAGCACCUUUAAUCUCUGAAGUGCGUGAUGCUACGCCAAGCUCAUAUCCUUCCUCUGACAAUUUCUUUAAUAUAUCAGGUACAUCUUUAUAAUGAUGUAUAAUCUGACCAUGUGCAUCUACUAUUUCAUCUUUUUUCCUGAAAUAUGUUACAUCUAAUAUUGAAUUAUAUUCAUUUUAGUGUAAAAGUAUUUGUACAAAAAAACCACAGAAUAUAUUGAAGAUAUGUGAUUGGUAUAUUACAACAAAACAAUUACAUAUGAUUUCAAUAAAACAAACCGUUUUACAAAAGGGGGUGUUACAUGUGUAUCAACCCAAAAAGGCCAUAAUGUAUAGUCUGAAAAUAAAAUAGCAAUAAAAGUAGCUAUUAAAAAAGCUACAUAUGUACAAAUUAACUAGUUCCUUAUGUUCUCAUCGCCACGUAGUAUUAUAAAAAAAAAUCGAGAAUUAAUAGUGAUUUUAUAAUGAAUAAAAUAUUUACUCUAA